UUUGAUUUGAAAACAAACAUAAUUUUGACAAUAAAUGACAAAAUCAUUAAUCGUUUCAUAGUUUCCCCGAAAACAUAGCAAUGCUUUCGACAAUCAAUUCAUUGAAACACGUAUUGAGACAACACUUCAGCAGUCAUUGGAAAUGCUUGUCAUCCAUGAGUUCAUCACAAACUCCAGAAAUGGGAUCCGUCUUCGGGAAGGAGCGAGACUUCGAGGACCUGACUGUCGACACAUUCAAAGAGUUGGUCACCGAUGACACCGUCAGAGACAAGAUUGAGACCAUUUUGAGUGAAUACGAGUACGAGAAGUACACGACUCUUCAGGUGCCGACCACUAUCACCACCACUCAGAUGAAGGACUUGUUGUGUUUGAGUGAUUCACUCGAGAGGAAGAGAUGGCUGACAUAUCUCUGCAAACGACAGAAAGCCAGACAUAAGUCCAAUGAGAAGCGGAAGAAUAACUCAAUGGAUUACUUGACGCGAUUGCAGCAGAAGUACAGUGAAGACAAACCACGAACUGGUCUCUGGGAUAAUGACCAUCAGUUGGUGUACGGCUUAUGGCAUAACACGCUGUUCACGAAAAUACCCGCAAAUCACAUAAAACGGCAUUACAUCCAUCGACUCAGAAAUGCGGCCCUUUUUGGUCAGAAAGUGGUGAUAGACCUGGACUUCGAUGACUGCAUGCGGUUGUCUGAGACACGACUGUUGGCACAACAGAUCCAUUUGCUCUAUAACUUCAAUCGCUACCAAAGCCGAGAGCCCUUUGACCUGCAC